GACAUGUUGAAGAAACUGAAGACGAGCGGGGUCAGAUCGGGAAUCCCCAGGAGAUACGUUUUGACUUAUGAGCUUUAUGGCCUGCUGACCAACAAGGUCAGAGAUGUGCUUGAUCAGAUGGAUGAGAUCUCCCAGUCAGAGGUUCAGAAAGCAAACCUCUCAGUGAAGAUGCAGGGUGAGGGUGACAUUGAUGCAUCUUCGAUAGCCAAAGCUGUUGGCAGGGAGAAUGACGAAGAUUUCAUCAUGAAGCUGCAGUCCGCGGCUGAGACGGCCAACCAGCCAGAACCAGAAGAGGAGGAGGAUGGGAAGCAUGACCAGGUCGCGGGCGAAAUUGAGAAGCUUCUCACGAGAGAUGAACUGAAAGAACUGCUGAAAAACGUCAUAUCUGGACUGGACCGCUUCCGCUGGCAAGACAUGGCGAACGAAUUCAAGAAGUGGCUAACCGUGGGAGAGACCUCAGACAACGUCAUGCGUCGCCUCUUGGAAGACACGGCAAAGCUCUUAGCAAAGUGCUUGCAGCAUGCUGGGGGUGUGUACUGCAAAUGGCGAGAAGUGUUGCCAGUGCUGCCAGGCUUUUUCAUCGAAGAAGAGUUUGAGCAGCUUGGAUCGGGACGAGGAAGGAUUACAGUUUUUGGCAAUAUGGAGACAGAGUCUGCAUUCGUAGACUCGCAACCGACAACGACGACUGUGAACAUGUCUGACAUGGAGAAGGUGAGACAUCAUUGUUUCCAGUGA